AUGAAAUCUCUUGAUGAUGAUAACUCCAGAAGGCGCUUCUACAAAAGAAUAUUCCCUCGAGAAAGUGGAUGCCCCGUUGAACUGGAGCAAGUAUCAGAAGAAAUUUUGAAGAAAUGUGGUGGCGUGGCACUAGCCAUCAUUACUAUAGCAAGCCUCUUGGCUGGCAAUGAUCAACAGAUAAAGUCAAAGGAUCAAUGGGACAAAAUACUUGGUUCAAUUGGUCGUGGACUUGCAGAAGGUCGUACUGUGGAGGAUAUGAAGAGAAUACUAUCCUUUAGUUAUUACGAUUUACCUUCUCAUUUAAAGACAUGUUUACUAUAUCUGAGUAUAUUCCCUGAAGAUUCUUGGAUAAAUAGAGACCGAUUGAUAUGCAGGUGGAUAGCUGAAGGCUUUAUCCAAGGUGGAGACCAAGGAAUUAGACUAUUUGAGCUUGGAGAGAGAUACUUCAGUGAGCUAUUAAAUAGAAACUUGAUUCAGUCAGGAUAUGAUAAUGAAGGCAGGCUGAUAUAUUGCCAUGUACAUGAUAUGGUACUUGAUCUCAUAUGUUCUCUAUCAAGUGAAGACAACUUCGUUACUAUAUUCGAUGGUACUAAGCAAAGCAAAAUGAAUUCGGAUAGCUUGGUUCGCAGGUUAUCCUUUCAGAAUAACAUGUCAGAACCCAACACACAUUGGGUCAAUGCCACAAGUAUGUCAAAGUUGAGGUCAAUUACUCUGUUUAGAACUGAUGUUUUAUGA